AUGGCAUCUUCCGCCCAACUAAGCGCCCUAGAAGCCUUCCUCCAAGACCAUCCCACUAUCAAGUACACCCCACCUUCAUCUCCGGAGUACGCUUCCGCCCGCAAAGUCUGGAACAACGCUCGUCUCGACAAUCCACUAGCUGUAGUUCAGCCGCAAUCGCCCUCUGACAUCGUCGCCAUUAUUAAGUUCGCCAAGUUCAAUUCUGUCCCUUUCACACUACGUUCAGGCGGCCAUAACUUGGAAGGCCGCUCGGUGGUUGAAAAUGCCCUGCUCAUUGAUCUGCGUGCCUUGAAAGCAGUUACUAUCGCAUCGGAUCGGAAAACCGCCUUGGUCCAAGGUGGCAUUCUUCUUGAAGAGCUCGGAAGCAAGCUUUGGGAAGAGGGCCUGGUCACCCCAACAGGAGCUACCCCAAGUGUAGGUUACGUUGGUUGGGCCAUAUAUGGCGGUUAUGGGCCCUUCUCCUCGCAAUGGGGUUUGGGAACUGACCAGAUUGUCGGCGCCACCGUGAUCAAUCCCGAUGGGGAGAUUAUCACAGCUGAUGAAACCCUCCUACAAGGCAUCCGCGGCGCUGGGGGUCUGUUUGGUGUAAUCGUUGAUCUUACUAUCAAAGUCUAUCCUCUGAAUAGCGUAAGUAUCGCCAUUAUUCGCCCUCUUAUUCGCUUCGGCACUAAUAAUCCAAAGCUCCUCGCUGGCACCAUUAUUUACGACUCCACUGAUAUCUCCAAGACCUUUGUGGACUUUAAUGCUGCCUACGGAAAAAUCCUCGACUCCGAAGGUCUCCCUCCGCAACUGACCAUCCAGCAAAUAGCCGUGAAUGCCCCACCUGGCCGCUGUUUUGGCGUCAUCUUCGUAUGGAGUGGCUCUGAUAUAGACGAGGGCCAGCGCUGGAGCGCAAAAGUCGCUGGCCUAGCUCCUCUACUUAUGAAUACUGUUGCCCUCACCACCAUCCCAGAGUGGUUCGGCCACAACGGUGCCUUGGUCCCAGCAGACGUCUUUGGCUCCAGCGCGACGCACAACAUCAGCCGCAUCCUGCCAGCCGUUGCUGAGACAAUUGGCCGUAACCUCGAGCGUAUGCCCACUGAUCCGGCCACUAUGUUUUCCAUUCAUCAGCUGCGCGGGCCAUCAGCAGCGCCGCAGGAUCAUUCCUCUGUCUUCGUAACGCGUGAGCCGCACUACAUGCUUGAGAUUCUGGGAUAUGUGACAGAGGAGAGAAGGAAGGAGGAAUCGGAAGCGUGGGCGCUACAGACGGCAAAGGAGAUUGAAGAGGCUGAUCCAGAUAACGUCCUGCCCACGACAUAUUUGUCCGUAUAUAGUAGUGCUCGGGCGGGAACGUCGGACGCGGUUCUCAAAAAGGCGUAUGGGUCGAAUGUGGAGAUGCUAAGGAGCCUGAAGUCCAGGUUUGAUCCGGACAAUGUGUUUAGACUGGCUGUGCCGGCGAUGGAGUAG